GAUUCCGACUACGUGAAAACCCUGGCUUGGCGAGACGAGAACUUCCCUUCGGUCCACCGGAUGGAGUUGGUGUUGUUCGAGGCCGACAAUAUUCUUAAGGCUGAGUACGUCAGGGAGAUGUUUUCGCUGCAUCAGGAUAUAAGGAACAUCGUGGUGACGAAUGACCAAGGACAGAAUCUUACGCAAGAGGACCUUUGCUUCAAGGUUCCAGCACUGGGCGGGAGAAACGAGGCAUGAACUGAGGCAAAUCAAGGCCCAGAUGUUCCCCGGGCGAGAUCCAGACAAUGACUUCGACUGGUCUCUGGAGUUCGACAAAUCCAUCUACUACCAGUUCUACUCCAGGAUGCCCUCGGAGUGUCUGGAACUCAGCAUUCUGGAGAUGUGGGGUUACGACGAGGAGGUCAUCGGGGCGCUCACUGACGAGGACGUCCUUCUAGCGAUCAACACGGUCAAUAUAAGCUCGACGUAUUCACAUCCCCUCGACUUCCACAAGUUCCUUGGGGGUGUGGAGAAAAAUGCCUCAGGUCACAUAACAGGGGCCAGGACUUCCCUCACGCAGAUACUGAUGCAUGUCAACAGAAGUGAGAUAGAUUCGAGCAACAGCAACAGUGCUGGACUUGCUGAGGAGGUAAAUCCCAGCCUCUUUGCCUGGGAAGGAGAGUUCAUCCGCCUCCUCAGGAAUCAAAGUGGGAGACCUAAGGGCCUUGGCAUAUUCUUCCAGUCGCAUCGCAGCUUUGGGGAAGUCAGCAGUGAAACUGUCUUCGGAGAUGUUACGUUCCUGAUUAUUGGGAACGUUAUGCUCUUCAUUUACGUUCAGGUCAUGCUUGGUAAAUUCAACGGGGUGGAAAAGCGGCCGGUUUUAUCACUACUGGGACUCCUAGCCACGUACCUGGCAGUGGGCGUGUCUUUUGGCUUGUGCUCUGCGAUGGGCUUGCUGUACAGCCCCGUGCACUCCAUCCUUCCUCUCCUGAUGCUCGGGCUUGGCGUCGAUGACAUGUUUGUGAUCGUACAAAGCUUUCACAACCUCAAGCCUCAGGAAAGGAAGCUGAAACUCCAGACGAAAAUUGGUCGGGCACUCCGUCACGCCGGCGUCGCCAUCACGGUCACCUCUUUGACGGACUUCGCUGCCUUCGCCAUCGGAGCCUCGACCGUUCUGCCGGCUCUAAGGUCAUUCUGCCUCUAUUCUGCAUUGGGAAUCGCUGCUUUGUAUGUGUUGCAAGCCACGUUCUUUGUUGCAUGGUUUACCCUUGAUCAAACAAGACUUGAAGAACAGCGAGAUGGACUAAUUUGGUGUUACAAGUACAAAAACUGGACACCUAAUAAAUGUUCGAAGUAUGAUCUCUGCCAGUUGUUUUUUGACAAGAUCUAUGGCAAGUUUCUGCUGAAGAACCCUGUUAAGGUCGCAGUGAUCAUUUCUACAAUAACCCUGGCCGGCGCGAGCAUCUGGGGCGUGACAAAUCUGCGACAGGAAUUCGACCCUGUGUUGUUCAUCCCCCAGUCUUCGUAUCUUUUUAAAUUCCUGAGUCGCGUUCUUCACUACUAUCCUGAGGCAGGAGAGAGAGGAACUCUGUACCUGGGGACUCUUAACUAUUCGCAGGAGCUUCCCAAGAUUGGCCAGCUGUCGACACAGAUGCAGGAAAACGAGUACAUUUCCUUUGUAGAUUCUUGGUAUGACUUGAUGGUCACUUACACAAUGCAAGAUACUGGAAUAGAUAUAGGAGGAAAGGUCAUGAAUGAGACUUUUUUCAGAGAAAUAUUAUCAGCCUUUCUCUUCUCCCCGAGUGGGUCACGCUUCCAAACUUAUUUCCACUUUGAUGGUAACCUGACAAUAGGCAAACCAACACCUCAGCUCUUGGCUUGCAAGUUUGAUUAUAGCCAUAGGACACUAAAUGGUUCAGCCGUGCAGAUUAUAGCCCUAGAUCAGCUUAAGGAGUUGAUAAAUGAUCAAAAUUUUUCUGGCUUUGCUGGAGCAAUUGCCUUUAAUUAUGCAGGUUGGGAAACUGAUAAGAUUAUUGGCACAGAGUUAAUAAGAAAUGUUUCCCUUGCUAUGGUGGCUGUCUUCAUCAUGACGCUUCUCCUCCUUUCAAAUUUUGUUACGUCACUGUAUGUUCUUCUUUGCGUUUCUUUGACGCUUGUUGAUGUGAUGGCAUUAAUGUCUUGGUGGGAUCUAACAAUUGACAUCAUCUCUUGCAUAAACUUGGUCCUCUGUAUUGGACUCUGUGUUGAUUAUUCUGCUCACAUAGGUUUGCAUUUUAUGCAGGUAAAAGGCACCAGAAACGAAAGGGCCCACACAACGCUACAUGAAAUGGGGCCACCAGUAAUCAAUGGAGCCUUCUCAACCUUCCUCUCCUUUGCCCUGCUUGCUUUCUCCGAUUCACACGUUUUCCUGUCAUUUUUCAAAAUCUUCUUUGGCACGUGUCUCUUUGGAGUGUUCCAUGGAUUAACAUUUCUCCCUGUGCUCCUGAGCCUAAUUGGCCCAGCACCAUACAAUGACACAUUGAUUGCCAUGUCACAGGUAGAUGAGGCACACAAAUCAGAAGCUCAUGAUAAAUGCUCCAUAGAGAUGAAAGUUGAAGAGACCACAUAUGCUGUUGUAAGUAGUGAUUAGGAGUCGAUUUAAGUGCACUUUAGUUAUUACAGCAAUCAUUAUUUUUUUUGUUUGAAAUUAAAAAGUUUAAGAGAUUUAGCUGUAAUAAAGAAAUAACUUUUUUUUCUUCUAUUUUUAGAAAGUAAUGUCAUAAGUUAGUUUAUAAGUACCUGUAUUGUAAGUGCUAAACUUGUUUGAAUAAAUUACUUUUUUCA